AACUCCAGAGUUUCAAAAAAGUCAACUGUGUGACAGGGGUCUGCCAUUCCAAACAGGCAGGAAAGACUGCACAGGCCUGGAUAAAUAAGUAAGAACAGAGUGUUCUGAACACCAACAUAAGUGGAAAAGCCUUAAGCCAAAGGUGCAGUACAUUGUUUACACUGAAGGACCGCGUGUGUGGACAAGAAAGCGCUGACAGGUCAAAUGGACCCCAUGGAACUGAGAAAUGUCAACAUUGAACCUGACAAUGAGAGCAGCAGUGGAGAAAGUAUUCAAGAUAGCUACACGGGGAUGGGGAAUUCAGGAAAGGCAGCCAUGAGCAGUGAGUUUGUUAAUGAAGAUGCUGAAAGCCAGAAGUUUCUGACAACUGGAUUUUUGGGGAAAAAGAAGCUGGCAGAUUACGAUGAUGAGCAUCAUCCUGGAACCACUUCCUUUGGAAUGUCUUCAUUUAACCUGAGCAAUGCCAUCAUGGGCAGUGGGAUCUUAGGCUUAUCCUAUGCCAUGGCCAACACUGGAAUCAUACUUUUUAUAAUUAUGCUGCUUGCUGUGGCAAUAUUAUCACUCUAUUCAGUUCACCUUUUACUAAAGACAGCCAAGGAAGGAGGGUCAUUAAUUUAUGAAAAAUUGGGGGAGAAGGCAUUUGGAUGGCCUGGAAAAAUUGGAGCUUUUAUUUCCAUUACAAUGCAGAACAUUGGCGCAAUGUCGAGCUACCUCUUUAUCAUUAAAUAUGAACUACCUGAAGUAAUCAGAGCAUUCAUGGGACUUGAAGAAAAUUCUGGGGAAUGGUACCUCAAUGGCAACUACCUCAUCAUAUUUGUGUCUUUGGCAAUUAUUCUUCCACUUUCUUUUCUUAAAAAUUUAGGUUACCUUGGUUAUACCAGUGGAUUUUCUCUUACUUGUAUGAUGUUUUUUGUCAGUGUGGUGAUUUACAAGAAAUUUCAAAUACCUUGCCCUCUGCCUAUGGUGGAUCACAAUGUUGGCAAUCUGACAUCCAACAACACACUUUCAGUGCAUAUGAUAACACUGCCCAACAACUCUGAUAGUACUGGUGUGAACUUCAUGAUGGAUUAUACACACCGAAAUCCUACAGGGCUGGAUGAAAACCAGGCUGAGGGCUCUCUUCACGGCAGUGGAGUGGAGUUUGAAGCCCAUAAUGACAAGUGUCAACCAAAAUACUUUGUAUUCAACUCCCGGACGGCCUAUGCAAUUCCUAUCCUAGCAUUUGCUUUUGUAUGCCACCCUGAAGUCCUUCCCAUCUACAGUGAACUUAAAGAUCGGUCCAGGAAGAAGAUGCAAACAGUGUCAAAUAUUUCUAUCACUGGGAUGCUUGUCAUGUACCUGCUUGCUGCCCUUUUUGGUUACCUAACAUUCUAUGGAGAAGUUGAAGAUGAAUUACUUCACGCUUACAGCAAAGUGUACACAUUUGACACCCCUCUUCUCAUGGUCCGCCUGGCAGUCCUGGUGGCAGUUACAUUAACUGUGCCCAUUGUUCUGUUCCCAAUUCGCACAUCAGUGAUCACACUGUUAUUUCCCAGAAGACCCUUCAGCUGGAUAAGACACUUUGUGAUUGCCACCAUAAUUAUUGCACUUAAUAAUGUUCUGGUCAUCCUCGUGCCAACUAUAAAAUACAUUUUUGGAUUCAUUGGGGCUUCUUCUGCCACAAUGCUGAUUUUCAUCCUUCCGGCAGCUUUUUACCUUAGACUUGUCAAGAAAGAACCUUUUAGGUCACCCCAAAAGGUCGGGGCUGUAAUUUUCCUUGUGAUUGGAAUUAUCUUCAUGAUUGGAAGUAUGGCACUCAUUAUAAUUGACUGGAUUUACAACCCUCCAAAUAACAAGCGUCACUAAUCCAAGAGAAAAUACUUUCUUUUUCUACUGGAAAUGGUUGCAAGUUAUGCUCCAGAAGACAUUGGAUGUAUCUUUAUUGGAAUGUUGUUCAUAGGAAAUAACAACGGGAAGAUUCCAAAGAUGUUUGCUUAUAAUAUCAGAGACCUGCGAGAGAAAAUCAUGGUUUUUGUCAAGAGUGGCUAUUGAUGUUUUAAAUCUGUAUUGCACAUCUCUACCCAGGUUUUAUUAAAACAGUGUGAAAUGAUCAAGAUAUGUUUUUCCUGUUAUACAAGCAGAAUAAGGGGCUUAUUCUGUAAUAGUGAUCAGAUAAUUUUCUUUCCCCUGCUGGCUCCCCAUGUUGCAUCCCCCAUAAAGUUAAGAAAUAGUUGUAUUCUCAGAAUAUCAAGUGAAAACACCAGUAAUGUCUGCUCCAAUCUUGCACUAAAGGCCUUGGGUCUGUUGGCUGCCUGGAGUCAAAGGCAUGUUCUGUGACCUGUUGCUGGGAGGUGUACAAAUAAAUGAUCAGACACCAUCACUUCUCGGCCUUUUGGCUAAGAACAAGUGCAAAUGAUCAGACACCAAUCUAGAACAUGUAUUUCAACAUUAACGGAAUAUUUUGCUCAGACUAUUUGUGACAUCGAAUUAGUAACUGUUUCACUCAAUGAAAUUUUUAGUAAAGGUUAAAACAUCUUACUAAAUAGAGAGGGUCUUUAUUUAUAGAGCAACAAUAAAAAUAAUAUUGCAUAUAGCUAAGCUACCUGCUGUGGUUUUUAAUGCUAGUCCUAAUCCAUUGUCAGUCUUUUGUCCUUGAACAAUGCUCUCCCUCUCGUCUUCCAUUCUUAUUCAGAAUUUUUAGAAGACUGCAGUUCAUGUGGAGACACACACUACCCAGUAUUGUUUGAUACAUGUUUAGUUGAUAAACAUUCAGUGCAGAAAACUGUGAUUUGCUAUAUGUUUAUGUGUGUAAUCUUAUUCUAUAGUCACCAGAAUGUUAACAUACGGUACAUUUGAUUUUUAUUUUUUACAUGUGUAGCUUUCUUUCUCACAGUCAAAACAUUUGUACUAUUGGAGUCAGGAAGUUAAGCUGGUGGGCUCAAAAAUCCAUCUGUCCACGGGAGUUAUUUUAAAUUAGAAACCUAAGUUUUAUAGUUUGGUAAUGCUCUUCUUUAAUGUUUACAGUAAUAGCAUCAUGUAUAAGAAAAUGAUUUCUUUAUGUGCAAAUAAUUAACAGAGUUAAGGUUGCUUUUUUAGUUUAGUGUGUCUAAAUUAAGAUUUAGUUCAUUUUAGCUUGCACAGCUCUUUGCUAACAUUAUUUGUCAUUUAAUAGAGUGUUGAAUCAUUGUCCAUAUAAAUAUAAGUAGUAACGCUACACAGAAAUGCAAAGUGUCAUUCUUCCGUCCAUAAUGUACAUACCUGGAAUGGAUUUAAAAGUUACUGCUCACUGCCUAGCAUUUCUUAGACCUCACUACUGUCUUUUCAAAUUACUAGCAAGAAUAUUUGUUGUACAUUUUAUAUUUUAGUAAAGCUAAGUAUGGAAUGUAAGUAUCAUAUAAAUAUAAUCAGACCAAAUCAUAUUUUGAUAGUUUUUCUGAAAUGCGACUAAGAAAAUACCUAU